AUGAAUCCGUUUUUUGGCGGAAGGUCUUCAGCGUUAAUGUUAGCACUGACUUUGGGAGUUUGUUCGUCUUUUGGAUUAUUAACGAUUCGCAUUCGUAGGGAAUAUCAAAAUUCACGAGACUUAACUCUAGAAAAUGAGAAAAAAGAAGAAAAUAUGCGCAAUUGA